UACACCCCGGCCGGGUGAGUGCCACAGCCCAGGGAGCUGAGCGGAGGCGCUGGAGAUGGCGUCUCAGCCGCCGCCUCCCCCGAAACCCUGGGAGACCCGCCGAAUUCCGGGGGCCGGGCCGGGCCCAGGACCCGGCCCCACUUUCCAAUCUGCUGAUUUGGGUCCUACUUUAUUAAUCAGACCAGGACAACCAACACUUACCAGAGUGCCCCCGCCUAUUCUUCCAAGGCCAUCACAGCAGACGGGAAGCAGCAGUGUGAACACUUUCAGACCUGCUUACAGUUCAUUUUCUUCUGGAUAUGGUGCCUAUGGAAAUUCGUUUUAUGGAAACUAUAGCCCUUAUAGUUAUGGAUAUAAUGGGUUGGGUUAUAAUCGCCUACGUAUGGAUGAUCUUCCACCUAGUAGAUUUGUACAGCAAGCUGAAGAAAGCAGCAGAGGUGCAUUUCAGUCCAUUGAAAGUAUCGUGCAUGCAUUUGCCUCUGUCAGUAUGAUGAUGGAUGCUACCUUUUCAGCUGUCUAUAACAGUUUUAGGGCUGUGUUGGAUGUAGCAAAUCACUUUUCCCGAUUAAAAAUACACUUUACAAAGGUGUUUUCAGCUUUUGCAUUAGUUAGGACUAUAAGGUAUCUUUACCGGCGGUUACAGUGGAUGAUAGGUCUAAGAAGAGGCUCUGAGAAUGAGGACCUAUGGGCAGAAAGUGAAGGAACUGUGGCAUCCCUUGGAGCCGAGGACAGAACAGCUAACUCAGCAAAAUCUUGGCCAAUAUUCUUAUUUUUUGCUGUUAUCCUUGGUGGGCCUUACCUCAUCUGGAAAUUGCUGUCUACCCAGAGUGAUGAAGUAACAGAUAACACCAAUUGGGCAAGUGGUGAAGAUGACCAUGUAGUUGCCAGAGCAGAAUAUGAUUUUACUGCCGUCUCUGAAGAGGAAAUUUCUUUCCGUGCUGGAGAUAUGCUAAACUUAGCUCUCAAAGACCAGCAACCCAAAGUGCGUGGUUGGCUUCUGGCUAGUCUUGAUGGUCAAACAACAGGACUCAUACCGGCUAAUUAUGUCAAAAUUCUUGGUAAAAGAAGAGGUAGAAAAACAGUGGAAUCCAGUAAACUUUCCAAGCAGCAACAAUCUUUUACCAGCACGGCACUAACUAAAGGAGCCACGGCUGCUGAUUCUUUGGAUGAACAGGAAGCUGCCUUUGAGUCUGUUUUUGUUGAAAUUAAUAAGGGGGCUGUUUCACCUGAUUCUGCUGGGAAAAGUGGAGAUAAACAAGAUCUUUAAUCUUUUAUGUUUGCCUGCAGUCAAACUAUAGAGUACUUUUAAAAAUUACUUCUUAUAAAAAAACUAUUAAUUUGCAAUCCAAUUAAAAUACUUGUUUUUGGCUAUUCCAGGUGUUUUGCUGCUAGAAAUUAUUAAAGUUUUACACUAAUAUAUUGGUCUAGUGACUUGGUUAUAUUUUACAGGUUAUUGAACCAUGAGAUUCUUUGGAUCACUAGAUUUUAAGAUUAUGGACAUUGCUGUCAUCUUCAUCUUAUUUAAAAUCCUAUGUUAAGUGAGAGUAAGGUUGAUGAACUAGAGAAUAUACAGUUUGCUACAGUAAGGAUCAUUGAUGUGGGGAGUUUUUGUGUGUAAUUUUAUUUUUAAGUUCUAGAGUAAAUUGAUUUUGAGUCCUCAGAAAUUGAGUGGUAACAAACAUGAGAAAAGGCAAAAACUAUUUUUACAUUAAAUAAUAAAAAUGUUCUAAUCUGAAUUAUGUCUAGUGUUGGGUUUGUUUUAGUCAGUAAUAUUUUUUAAUUUUACAGUCAUCAUCAACUGACACUAUUACCUUUUGUUGUGUUUUUAUCUUAAGAAAGUCACUAGAAGUAUUGUGAAGGAUGAGGGGUGGAAUGAUAUUUAACCCUAAUAAUUUUUUUUGACAGUAAAAAACCUGAAACAUAUCUUUCUUACAAAUUAUUUCCACUUGUUCUUAGGAUGAUAUAACAUUUUAUCCCAUUGUAAUAUGAUUAGCUUUUCUCUUGGAAUACUUAAAAUAUAUUAAAGGUUUAUUUUCUUUGUCUUUCAUUAAGACUCAAAACUUUAGUUUGUACUUAAUGGUAUAACUAAUUCUAGCAGUAAUAAUAUUGAUCUUUUCAUAGAUUCUCUGCUUCUACCUAAUAUAAUCACUUUUUAAAAUUCUGUAUUUAAGCUAUCUUUAAAAAUUGAAAAUGUUCAUUGAAUAUACUCUUCUUUUAGGUAUAGCAUUUGCUACUAAGAUUAUAAAUAAAAUGCUCAUUUGCCAAUUGGAAUAUGAUAUUACUAUGUGACUUUAUUUUGUUAGUAAAUUAUUUUAAGUACAGUUGAAUUUUAGCAUAAUAUUUCCCACAAAAUUGGAUUAUUUCUAUACUUGCUCAAUCAUAUAAAAUACUAUCAUAAAUGUGUGUAUACUAAUACAUUUACAGGUAUUGCUAAAAACUUGUAAUUAUUUGAAAAAUUUUUAAGUAUCUUAUCCUUUUUCCCUAUACACUUCAUGUUCAACCAACUGAGUAAUUCUAUAAUAUAAGACUAAGCAAAACAUAAAAGAAACAAGUAUAUGCUCAGCAUAAAACAUUACUAAAAGUUUCUUGGGGGCUUUUUUUUUAUAAUAACAGUAUAAUAAGUAACAUUAUUUAAAAUAUAAAUCUUGAUUCUGUUCAGAAAAUUUAGUCCAAUUUUUGUAAUGCAGUUCGUAGUCCUCAAAUAGAAGAAAUUAAUUUUCUUCUAUAAAUUUUUCCAUUUGUGUUCAAUCAUAUUCGGCUUUGAUUCCUUGAAAAUUUUGUUCUUAAAAAAAUAUUUUAAGGGGCUGGAGCGAUAGCACAGCAGGUAGGGGGUUUGCCUUGCACGCAGCCGACCCAUGUUCUAUUCCCAGCAUCCCAUUUGGUCCCCCAAGCACCGCCCGGAGUGAUUCCUGAGUGCAUGAGCCAGGAGUAACCCCUGUGCAUCGCUGAGUGUAACCCAAAAAGAAAAAAAAAAAUUAUUUUUUAAGAGAAAAUUUUUGUUCUUAAAAAAUUUUUUUUCAUGGGCCUCGAGCAUUGAUACAGCAGCUUGGGCAAUUGCCUUUCAACCUGCCAACCCAGAUUCUAUUUCCAGCAGCCCAUGCGUUCCUCUUGAGGCCACCAGGACUGAUCUCUGAGCUCAGAGCCAGGAGUAAGUCCUGAGCAUUUAUGGGUGUCACACACCCCCCCCCCCCACGCCGCCCAAAAAAAGAAGUUUUUUCCCUAGAACAUUGUAUUGGACCAGAGCGAGAGAGUGCAGGGGCUGGGGUGCUUACCUUGAAUGCAGCUGACCCUGGUUCAAUCCCUGAGCACCACCAGGAGUAAUCCCUGAGUACUGCCAGAUGUGAUCCAAGAUCUUAUGGACUCCUCAGGAAAGGAGAAACUGCAGUGGGUGGAGCACUAGUACAGCCAUGAGAGUGUUUGCUUUGCACACUGCUGAUCCAGGUUUGGUCUCCAGCAUCCCAUAUCAUCCCCAUGCAUGCCAGGAGUAGAUGCUGAGUGCAGAGCGAGAAGUAACCCCUGAGCAUGACCAGGUAUAGCCAAAAAACUAAAUUUCAAAAACACAAAGUAAAGAAAAGGAGAAGCUACAGAAGUACGUAAAGGCUGUGAUGAGAUUAUGAAAUUACCUUCCAGGCUGUUAGGUCUUCCCUCUGACAAUAUCCAGAUUACUUUUAUGUAUGCUGAGAACUCUAAACCAAGACAUUUGGAGGGAUUGUAUAUAACUUCCUUCAAACGCUCUUUUAAGAUCAUGUUCUCUUUUUGAACAUCUCUCUCUCUACCCCUUCUCUCCCUCCUUUGUCCUCCUCCCUCCCUCUCUUCUCUCUCUCUCUCUCUCUCUCUCUCUCUCUCUCUCUCUCUCUGCUCACAUUUCUCUAAAUUUUUUUCAAUGAAAAACCAUUCACUAAAAACAACAACAACAAGUUGGAGUACUGAGAUAUCUAAAUCAACUGCUAGAAGUGAAGUAAAGGCAAUAAAUUGAGUCAGCGCUGUUUAGGUUAGAAAAGGUGCCAUGAAUCAUACCCAAGGUCUCAUACAGUCAAGGCAUGUGCUCCACCACUGAGCCACACACCUGGCCAAGGUAUUCUUCAGCACAGAAUAUGACAAAACUUCUACUGUGUUUUUUUCUUUUUGUGGGGGUUAAGUGCUAAAUUACAAUAUAUAUUAUCUGGUAAUAAAUUGUAUCUGGAAAUUCUUUUUUCUAAAAUUUUAAUAGAAGAAUUUAUGACCAGAAUGGUAGAUAAACUAUAUGUAACCUUUUGUUGUGAUGCACUGCACUGUACUGUCCUCCCAUUGUUCAUCGAUUUGCUCGAGCGGGCCCAGUAAGGUCUCCAUUGUGAGACUUGUAGUUACUGUGUUUGGCAUAUUAAAUACAUCACGGGGAGCUUGACAGGAUUUGCCGUGCAAGCAAGAUACUCUCGGUAGCUUGCCGGGUUCUACGAGAGGGGUGGAGGAAUCGAACCUGGCUCUGCCGGGCAGGCUGCGCAUAAGGCAAAUGCCCUACCGCUGUGCUAUCGCUCCACCCCUUUGUUGUGAUAGUAUAGAAUAAUUUGAGAUUAGAUGUAAGGUUCAGCUUCUUUAAGGAGUACUACUUAUUUUGAGUGAUUUAAGUAAAUUUUUUAUAUAAAUUACUAAAACCAAAUAUUUUCAGUUAAAUGUUAUAAUUAUUACAGUAAUAUAUCACAUUUUUUUCUUACUGUAUUUUAUGAAUUUGGAAAGGUAAAGGUAAGAGAACUAUAGAUUUUCAUGUUUUAGCACUUAAAGUUUGGCUUAGUCUGUCAGUGUGUCAUAAUUAUACUUGAGUAUGUUUACCCUUUAUACUAUGCUUUCUUUAGUGGUGGGGAAAACAUUUUUUGAAAAUAAACUGUGAAGUUACCUUUAUUGGACAAAUAAAAUAUGUUAAACUUGAUUGACUUUUUUUAAAGAUAAACUGUUGCUUUUUGCAGUAUUGGCAUAUAAAAAAGUUCUUCAUAUCAUUGUGUAUAUCGACUAUUCAAUUGUUCUACUUGUAAUCUAAAGAAAAGAAUAGAAUUACAUUUAUAUAAAAUGCAUCUGAAGGUGCGUUCAAUAAAAAAUAAAACCUCAAAAUUC